UUUCAGAAUGGCAUCUUACAGUUCACAACUUGAACAUCUUAUCGAUGAUCUUGGAGGGUGUGGACUCUUGCAAAAACUUCUAUGUAUAAUCAUACAUAGUUCGAGCACCGUUAUAUUCUGGAGCACACUUGCAAUGGCGUUUAUCGGCUACGAGCCUGGCUUUACCUGUCAUACACUGAACGUGAAGCUUCCCUCACUUUCUGCAUUAAACCUUAGUAACCUAUCCGCCGACCGUCUGUGCUCUAUUGGACCAGAUGCAAAAUGCACUGCCUACAGAUUUCCACAGAGCUUGAAUACUGUCGUAUCAGAGUGGAACCUUGUAUGUGACAGACGAUGGAUUGUUGCCUUUAUUACAUCGAUUCAGAUGGCAGGAUUUCUUGUUGGAUCGAUCACCGCUGGUCAGAUGGCUGACUCGACUGGCCGCAAGACAACUAUGAUAGCAGGGAUUUCGACAGUGGUUCUUUUCAACUUUGCUGGCCUUUUUGCUCAAUCUUGGGAGGCGUAUUCAGCUAUUCGUUUCUUUAUUGGCAUUGGAGCUGGGCUUUUUUGUACAGUACAAUUUACGCAUAUGGUAGAAUUUGUUCCACCGCUAUGGCGGCCGUUAGUGGUGUGUAUCCCUUCAGAACCUGUCAUUUCUAUACUUUUUGCACUCGUGUCAUGGUGGUUACAUGACUGGAAAAGAAUACAUCUGCUGAAGACAAUCCUUGGAGUAUUCUUUUUUAAUUAUUCUAUGGUAUGUCAAUGUUAGUUCAGGUAAUACAUAAAAUAUA